AUGGCGCCAACAGCUGAACCCAUCGAGCAGAUCCUCGCCGAGCUGCCCGCCAAGUACCGCGGCCCGGGCGGCGCCGUCGCCGUCGUCCAAGACGGCCAGCUCGUCGGCCAGAAAGUCUGGGGCUUCGCCGACCUCCAGGAAGGCGUGCCGAUGACGAGCGACACCGUGAUCCCCAUCUGCUCCAUCUCCAAGCAGAUGACGUGCGGGCUGCUGACGGACCUGCAGCUGCGGCCGACGCCGGCCAUGGCCGCACGCAGCGCCCCGGCCGCGCAGCAGCUCGCCGACGCCGUCGCCGCCGUGCUCCCCCUCGUCCGCGACACGGGCCUCACCCUGGACCUGCUCUGCAACAACCAGUCGGGCCUGCGCGACUACUGGGCGCUCACCGUGCUCUGGGGCGCCCGCCCGGAGACGCCCUUCUCCAUCGAGCGCCACGGGCCGCAGAUGCUGCAGCGCCUCGGCGCCCUCCACUUUGCCCCCGGCACCCAGUACUCGUACGCCAACACCAACUUUUACGUGAUUGCCCGCGCCGUCGAGGCCGUCACCGGCCAGCCCCUCGCCGAGCUGCUGCGCGAGCGCAUCUUUGCCCCCGCCGGCAUGAAGACUGCGUUUCUGUGCGCCGACACCGCCACCCACCCGGGCCCCUGCGUCGGCCACGAGGGCAACGAAAAGGACGGCUUCUACCCCGGCGACAACCGCAUCGAGUGGGCCGGCGACGCGGGCAUCGUAGCCUCGCUCACUGACAUGGUGGCCUAUGAGCAGUUUGUGGACGCGCACCGCGACGACGCAGAGAGCUGGUACGGCCGCAACAGCACGAGGCAGCAGUUCCGCGACGGCGCCCCAUCCGACUACGGCUUCGGCCUCAGCCGGCACUUGGUCGGCGACGUCGAGCUGGUCGGCCACGGUGGCGCCCUGCGCGGCUACCGACUCACCCGCGUCUACGCCACCGCGGCGCGCACCUCCGUCGUGGCGCUGCUGAACGAGGAGCACGCCAAGGCGGGUGGGCUCUGCGACUACGUCAUCGAGCGGCUGCUCGGCGCUGCGGCCGUCCCCGUCAGCGCCGUGGAGCCCAGCGCCGGCUUUCUCGGCACCUAUCUGGACCCGGAGUCGGACCUGGCCGUUACCGUGGGCAAGGGGGAAGCGGCCGGCAAGCUGUCGUUUCUGUACCACCGCUCGGCCGUGGACCUGACCCCUGUCGCGGCGAACAAGGCCGUGUCGAAAGACGUCACCGCCGUGUUGGACGGCGACGUGCUCGAGGUGACGAUCCCCGCGGACAACCGCACCUUUCGCGCCCACCGCGUGCCGGUCGCGCCGCCGCGGGGCAACUACGCCGCGCUGCACGGCCGCUUCCGGUGCGCCGAGGUGGACUCAGAGUUUAGCUGCAGCGGCACAGACGGCAUGCUGUACGGCUCGUUUGACGGCUUCUUGGGCAAGGGCCCGGUGCAUCUGGUGCGGCCGCUCGCCGUGGACGUCUUUGCGCUGGCCUGCCCCCGCGCCAUGGACUCGUCGCCGCCCGGCGACUGGACGGUGGUGGCGCGGCGCGGCGCGGGCGGCGAGAUUGAUCGGGUUACGAUUGGAUGCUGGCUGGCCCGGAAACUAGAAUUUGUCCGAGUCUGA